AUGGCGAACUUCAGCGACUGUGGCAAGCAUUGCUCCCAUGCAUACUGCAAUCAGCAGGACUUGCUCCCUUUCGAGUGCGACGCCUGCGGCAAAGCCUACUGCUCACAGCAUUUCAGCUAUGCAGCGCAUGAUUGCCCCAAGGGGCGAGCGGCCACAGACCGUCGUGUGAUAGUGUGCCCACUUUGCUCUGCGCCAGUUCCUUUGGCACAUGGCGAGGACGAAAACGAAGUUUGGGAAAGGCAUGCCACCAGCGGAAACUGCAUUCCCAAAGAGGCAGCCAAGCCGAAUCGGUGCCCGGUGAAGGGUUGCAAAGAGAAGCUAACCUUCUCGAACUCGUGUAACUGCGGCACCUGCGGCAUGAAGGUAUGCUUGAAGCAUCGUUUCGAAGAUCAGCAUGACUGCCGCCCUCGCCCAAGCCUGAAGCGGAACGGCAACGACCUGCUUCGGCAGUUCGCACAGCUUGUGAAAGUGAGCUGA